AUGAAAAAGAAACUGGCCAUUUACCAAUAUGGAUCACAGUUUGAUCCAAGCGGUCCCACUCGUUAUUCACCCAGCGAUUGGAUUUAUUUUUCCGUUUCGGAGGAAUCCUCACCAUCCGAACGCAGUACUUCUAUAGGGGUCCAAAAAAUAUGCACAAGUAGUUCCACUUCUGACUCCCAUGCUGAUUCCCGUGAAGAUCUUUUUACCCAGAUUUCUUUUGAACUACAACGUCGAAUGGAUGAGAUUGGAAUGACACUUCCUGACGGUGUCGAUUUCAAUUAUUUAGAAUACCGAGGUCUUGCUAAUCUUGUCUCCGAGGCAUGUUGGCUCCGAAAUCUCUUACUUGAGCUACAUUGCCCUCUGAAGCGGGCCACCAUAGUUUAUUGUGACAAUAUCAGUGCGAUCUAUCUCUCUACCAACCCCGUGCAACAUCAACGUACCAAACAUGUUGAAUUAGACAUUCAUUUUGUGCGUGAAAAGGUCGCAUUGGGUUAA